UUCAUUGCAUCUAUAAAACAGAAAUCACUGGAGAUGAGGUUAUUUACAUUCGUUCUGAGAAUGAUCCAGGCCUUGUUGAGGAUAAAUGCAUGGAAAAUAAAUAUAGUAGUAGCUUGGAUGAUAUUAGAAAGGCAGAUGUAUCUUUAGAGAAGCGAACUAAAACCAAAGCAUCAACAGAGACAUCUCCUGUCAUACCUUGGAAAUCUGCUGUAGAAAUACUACAAAGAGGCAAAAAAGAAGUUACUCCUCUGCUAGUCCGUAGGGAAACUAUACCAAAUAUUUCAGAUGAAAAUAUGGUUCCGCUAAAUGAAUCACCUCAUUCUGCAAAAGAAAAAGAAGAUUUUUCCCGUUCAGAAUGUCAUUCAAAACCACAUAUCAAAUCCCAAGAAAUUAGUACUACCACUGAAGUAUUUAAGGAUCGUGGCAUUAUUGGCAAGUUAAAGAAGUUAUUUGGUGUUCAAAAAGAUGUAACAGAAAUAAAGGUGUCCAUGACAAAAGACAGAUUUUUGAAGAAAUCGAUGAAAGCUGGAAAGAAGAAAUUACACCAGAAAAAAAUAGCUCCAGUUAUCAUUUGGGAUUUUGGAGGCCAAGAUGUCUUCUAUAGCACCCACCAAACAUUUCUUACAUAUCGAGCAAUUUACUUAAUAGUGUUAGAUGGUAGUAGAACCCUUGAUGAUCCGUGUCCGUUUGAACAGUAUCUUCCUGGAAAGAGUGGAGGUAAAACAGCACGAGACUACCUUAGAUUUUGGAUAAAUACCAUAGUAACAUAUUGUAAAGGAAGUGGACCAGGAUUUCCUAAAAUCAUGAUUGUCUUAACUCAUAAGGAUAAAUUAGAAGCUGCUGGUGAUACCUUCAAUGAUGAAAUUUCACCAGCAGUUGUAUCAACCCAGUGGUUGUAA